AUGGGCCCGCUCCGCCCACAGGUUCCGGUGGGGUUGUCAGCGUCGCUGAUGGACCCAGUGCAGGUAUGCCAUGUGCAUAGUGCCAUAUGGGGAUGCUACAGAGAUGCCUCUGGUGUGGACGCUGUGGAGAAGCCUUACUCAGGGAUGAGCCCAGUGACCUUUGAGGAUGUGGCUGUGUACUUCUCCUGGGAGGAGUGGGGGCUCCUUGAUGCAGCCCAGAGGCACCUGUACUACGAUGUGAUGCUGGAGAACUUCGAGCUCAUGACCUCACUGGGUUAUUGGCAUGGAAUAGAGGAUGAGGGGUCCUCUCCUAAGCAGAGUGUUUCUAUAGAAGGAGUGUCACAGGUCAAGAUCCCCAAGGCUGAUCCUUCCACCCAGAAGGCUAACACCUGUGACAUGUGUGGCCCAUUCUUGAAAGACAUUUUACACCUGGUUGAGCAUCAAGGAACACACCCUAAAGAGAAAUCAUACAUGUGUGGAGCAUGUGGGAGAGACUUCUGGUUCACUGUAAACCUUCACCAGCACAAGAAGGAGCACAGUGGUGACAAACUCUUUAGAUGGGACAAGGACAGGGACUCAUUUGUGAAGAGCUCUAAUAUCCACCUGUCAGAGAAGCCCUUCACUUGUGGAAAGAGUGGGAAGGAUGUCCCAGACAACCAUAUUCUCCAGCACCAGGCCAUUCACAGCAGGGGGAAGCCACAUAACACCAAGUGCAGGGAGGCCUUCCUGUACAGGUCUAAUUUAGGGCAGCUCCCAGGAACCCACACUGCACAGGAACUCUCCAAGUGCAGUGACUGUGGGAAAGCCUUCUUGAGGAGCUCUACCCUACUUAGCCACCUCAAAACUCACUCUGAAAAGAGAACGUAUAGCUGCCCAACCAGCAGAAAUUCCUUCAAGGAAAAAUCAACACUUGUUAAUCACCAAAAAUUUCAUAUUGGGGAAACAUCCCCUGUAUGUAAGGACUGUGGGAAAGCCUUUAGUCACCUGUCUAAACUAAGGAAGCACCAGAAAUUUCACACUGGAAUAAAACAUUACGAGUGCACUAAAUGUGGAAAAACCUCCAGCCACAAACUCACACUUGUACAUCACAAGAGAAUUCACACAGGAGAAAGGCCUUAUGAGUGCAGUGAAUGUGGGAAAGCCUUCAAUAACAGGUCACACCUCAUUCGACAUGAGAAAGUUCACACUGGAGAAAGGCCUUUUGAGUGCAGCAGAUGUGGAAGAGCCUUCAGCCAAAGCUCCAAUUUCCUUCGGCAUCAGAAAGUUCACACCCAAGUAAGGCCUUAUGAGUGCAACCAAUGUGGGAAAGCCUUUAGCCGCAGCUCUGCUCUUAUUCAGCACUGGAGAGUUCACACUGGAGAAAGACCUUAUGAAUGCAGUGAGUGUGGAAGAGCCUUUAGCAAUAACUCUAACCUUGCUCAGCACCAGAAAGUUCACACUGGAGAACGCCCUUUUGAGUGCAAUGAAUGUGGAAGAAACUUUAGCCAAAGCUCUCAUCUCCUUCGGCAUCAGAAAGUUCACACUGGAGAACGGCCUUUUGAAUGCAGUGAAUGUGGGAAAGCCUUCAGCAAUAACUCUACUCUCAUUCAGCACCAGAAAGUACACACUGGGCAAAGGCCUUAUGAGUGCAGUGAGUGUAGAAAAUCCUUCAGCCGCAGCUCCAGCCUGAUUCAGCACUGGAGAAUUCACACAGGAGAAAGGCCUUAUGAGUGCAGUGAAUGUGGAAAAGCCUUUGCUCACAGCUCCAGUCUCAUCGAGCACUGGAGGGUUCACACCAGAGAAAAGCCUUAUGAGUGCAGUGAAUGUGGAAAAUUCUUUAGCCAAAAUUCCAUUCUCAUUAAACACCAGAAAGUUCACACUGGAGAAAAGCCUUAUGAGUGCAGUGAAUGUGGGAAAUUCUUUAGCCGAAAGUCCAGCCUCAUUUAUCACUGGAGAGUUCACACUGGAGAAAGGCCUUAUGAAUGCAGUGAAUGUGGGAGAGCUUUCAGCAGUAACUCCCACCUAGUUCGUCACCACAGAGUUCACACACAAGAGAGGCCCUAUGAAUGCAGCCAAUGUGGGAAAGCCUUCAGUGAAAGAUCCACACUUGCUCGUCAUCAGAUAGUUCACACCAGAGAGAGGACUUUUGAAUGUGGCCAAUGUGGGAAAAUCUUCAGCCGCCUCUGCAACCUUGCUCAGCAUAAAAGGAUUCAUACUUGAGUGGAGACUUAUGAAAGUAGUCUUUGUGAGAAAAUCUUCAGAUAAGUCAAACUUCCUGCAACAAAACACCCAUGCAUGUACAUGUACCACUAAUGUGGGAAAAUCCUCAGAAGUCAAUUUGCCCUUUCUGACCAGCCCAGGUAACUGGGAAGGGCUGCCUCACCUCUGGAGCGUAGUGCAGAAGCCAUAACCUCUCUUUAUCUUGCCUGGAUCCAAAUUUUGCAGCAGUGAUCUCCACAAGCACAGGAAAAGCAGCUCCCUGUGCUUCCUUCUCACUUUCCUGGAGGGAAUCAGGAUUGUCCUGGGCCCAUUGGAAUGGCUUCCUUCCCAUUGCCUCUAAGAGUGUUAGGCAUUGAACUGACCAAGGGACCUCAAGGGGUGUCUGAUUUGGGCUUCUCAGAAAAGUUGAUGUUCCUCAUGGAUGUGGUUAAGUAUGCAUGUAACCCCAUGAUGUGUCUGGUGAGCCCACAAAUCACCCUGCCCUGGAACCACCUACCUUGAUCUGCUCUAUAC